AUGGAGAGCCGAAAGGACAUGGUUAUGUUUCUGGAUGGGGGUCAGCUUGGCACUCUGGUUGGUAAGAGGGUCUCUAAUUUGUCCGAAGCCGUGAGCAGCCCGCUGCCUGAACCGCCGGAGAAGAUGGUGCCCCACGGUUGCCUGAGCCCGCGAGCCGGCCCUCCGACUUCCCGGGAGCGUGGCGGGGGAGGCCAGGAGGAGGAGCCGGUCGAUGGACUAGCAGGCAGUGCUGCAGGGCUGGGCGCCGAGCCACGGUCUGCUGGAGCGGCCAUGCUUGGCCCGGGACCCCCGGUCCCCUCCACGGACAGCCUCUCUGGCCAAGGGCAACCUAGUAGCUCAGACACCGAAUCGGAUUUCUAUGAAGAAAUCGAGGUGAGCUGUACCCCGGACUGCGCCACAGGGAACGCCGAGUACCAGCACAGCAAAGCGCCAGGCUCCGAUGCACUAGGCAGCAGUCCUAACAGUGGCAGCGAGGCCCCCAAGAGUAACGGUGGCAGCGGCAGCAGCGGCUCACAAGGCACCCUGGCCUGCAGCGCCAGUGACCAGAUGCGCCGAUACCGCACCGCCUUUACCCGGGAGCAGAUUGCAAGGCUGGAGAAAGAGUUCUACAGGGAGAACUACGUUUCAAGACCGCGGAGAUGCGAGUUGGCAGCAGCCCUAAACCUUCCUGAAACUACCAUCAAGGUGUGGUUUCAGAACCGCCGCAUGAAGGACAAGCGUCAGCGGCUGGCCAUGACGUGGCCGCACCCGGCCGACCCCGCCUUCUACACCUACAUGAUGAGCCACGCGGCGGCCGCGGGCGGCCUGCCCUACCCCUUCCCGUCGCACCUACCCCUGCCCUACUACUCGCCCGUGGGCCUGGGCGCCGCGUCCGCCGCCUCGGCCGCGGCCUCGCCCUUCAGCGGGCCCCUGCGCCCGCUCGACACCUUCCGCGUGCUCUCGCAGCCCUACCCGCGGCCCGAACUGCUGUGCGCCUUCCGCCACCCUCCGCUCUACCCCGGGCCGGCGCACGGACUCGGUGCCUCGGCCGGCGGCCCCUGCUCCUGCCUCGCCUGCCACAGCGGCCCGGCCAAUGGGCUGGCGCCGAGGGCCGCGGCCGCCUCAGACUUCACUUGUGCCUCCACCUCCCGCUCGGACUCCUUCCUCACGUUCGCCCCCUCUGUGCUCAGCAAGGCCUCCUCUGUGGCGUUGGACCAGAGGGAGGAGGUGCCCCUCACCAGAUAA